AUGGAAUUGCAAGCCAACCAGCACCAUUGUGAAUCAGACUUUGGGUUGGGGACAAGGUCUUUCUAUCACUCAAGGACUAUAGGAUACAAUGACCCAGCAAAAAGCUCGCAGAACAAAAUGAAGCAUGAAGACCCCCCUGACAAGCUGAAAAAAGCUGCAGACAAUCCUUUACCUGGACAAGUGAAUGUGACCCCAGAUCCAGUCAAGAUAGAAGGCUUUGACGAGGAUCCGACGUGGUAUCCGGUUACAAAUCUGAAGAGGUCACCGCAUCUGGUUCGAGAGUUCCACGCAGCAAAUCCAACGAAGGCAGGACCCCCAAAGCGACUAAGUAAAUGGCUGGAGACUUGGGAAAAGGACAACUACCUAGCGGACGAAGCAGAUGAUAACCUACCGGCAUGA